AUGCCCGAACAGUUCCCCAGGCUCAACCUGGAAACCCCCAAGGACCUCGACUAUGUCCUCCAGCAGAUCCGCCGGCACGCCCACCAGCUCGCCAAGCUCGAGUUUGACGACGAAUUCCUGCGCAGGAAGCCCUUCAAGCAGGCAUGGGACAAGUCUGUCGACGUCUGGACGGCAACGGCCCGCCAGAAGCUAGAGCCCAACCUCUUGUUCAACGGCUACACGCUGCACGAGUACUCCAAGCAGAGCAAAGCCACGGAGCCGUUUGACGAGGACCUGUCAAAGGAAGUUCAGACGCUGGCAGAGCAGUCGGAUCGGCUGACCGAGGAGGUCAUCGGAUGCCGCAAGUCCCUCCCAACGAGGAGAGCAGAGGCCAUGCAGAGGCGCGCAGAGGUGCUCCGCGCGCUCGAGGAGAAGAAGGAGAAGCAGAGGGCGAGGGCGCAGGACGCCCACCGGCAAAAGGCCGAGAGUGUCGCCCAGACCUUGGAAGUCGACCUUCCGCGAAAGGACCAAGUCAAGCGGACGCUCGACGAGUCCGUCGACGACAUCACCGGACUCCAAGUGUCGAUCCUCGAGCAAGCCACGGCGGCGGCCGAGCAGACCCGGCUCGUCAAGAAACUCCGCUCCAUGCCUCCAUGA